AUGGCUACGAACCAGGACGUGAGACAGGCAGCUAGCGAGGUGGACCUGGUGCUGCCCGGCACUAGUGGAGCGACGGAUGCGCGCCAGCUAUCCGUUCAACUUUCUAGGGUGAACGCGGAAUGGUCUACCCUGAGGUCGGGGCGAAGAAGGGGCGGGGUCUCCCAGGCGGCCUCGGAUGCCGCUGCAUUUCGGGACGGCGAGGACUCGGACGAGUCAGUCGCUUCGACUGUGUUCUUGGAGAGACGGCCGGCGAAGAGGAGGGGCCGUCCGCCGACCACCGGCGUGUACUCGCAACUCGCCACGGCGAAGCAAAUGCUCCUGGAGGUACAACGCCAGGAGCUGGAACUCGCGGAGGAGAAGAGGGCACUGGACCCUACCGAGGACCCUCCCGAGCCAAGUCGAAGUAGCAGGUCUCUCCCCGAACCGGAGGCCCUGGCGGAGGAGGUCAGGCAUGUCCCGACCGUCGACCUAGCCGCCCAGGCCCUGGAAUUCUGUAGGGAUGUGGAGAGGGUAGCGGGCGUUUCCAAGGGCCUCAAGGGAACGCUCGUCAGGAAACUAAGGAUGGCCGCACGCCAUUUAAAGGCCAUCCAUACGGAGACGGCGGUUAGGGGCGCCCCCGCUAGGGCAGGUAAAGAGCUGGAGGAGCUCCGACGCCAGCUAAAGCUCCGAGAGGAGCAGCUGGCGGCCCAGACAGCCCAGAUCAGCAUCCUCCAGCAAAGCCUGGCUGAACUCACAUGCCGGGUCGCGACCACGGAGACACCGGAAGCCCAGGACAGUGCUUACGUGGACCAAGACCGCUUUUCUAUGAUCGAAGAAGCUUAUCUUCAGGUCGCGGCUCAGAUGACUCAGUACCAAGAGGACCUCGCGCAGGCGGGCCCCUCGCGUGGAGUACAACCCCCUCCAGAACCACCGGAAAAGCCGCAAUUGCCAAAAAUACAAUUACCCACUUUCUCAGGAGACCCCUUAAAAUGGGAGAGUUUUCGAGAUCUUUUUAAGAGUCUCGUUCACAGCGUUCCCAACCUUCAGGAUGUACGGAAAUUGCUGUACCUUAAGUCGGCCUUGACCGGAGAAGCAGCGGAGGUCAUCCAAAAUACGCCAAUCACCGAUGCUGGAUACCAAGGAGCCUGGGAGGACCUGGAGCAGCGGUACGGGAACUUGCGUCUUCUGUCUUUCGCGCACCACAGGGCCCUUCUUUCCUGCCCUCCCGCGCAACAACAGUCUGCCGCGGAAUUGAAAAGGCUGUUAGAUACAUUCAAACAGUCGAUUAGAGCGUACACUGCGCUGAAAAAACCGGUAGCUCAGUGGGAUGAGUGGUUUGUUUAUUUCUUAAGCCAAAAAUUGAACAAAACCACGCACCUGGUCUGGGAGACCUCUCUAGCUGAUAGCCGCGACGUACCGCGACAGCAAAAGCUAAAGGCGCUCCCACCUCGGCGCCGGAAGGAGCGAGCUCAGCAACUACAGGCGUGCUUUAAUUGCUUGACCGUUGGCCACGACACAACCAAGUGCUCGUCAAGUCAAGUUUGCUUAGCGUGCGGCCACAAGCACCACACGCUGCUCCAUGAUGCGAUGCCGAGUCCCACGAAGAAUAUGCCCGCGAACAACGGAGACGUUUCGACAUCGCAAACCUCAACGGCCUCCACCGAAACAGAAGAGAAGGGCUUGGCCGCUUCCUUUGCCUGUUCAGCUACCACUCGACCCGCCGCACUCUUAGUGACGGCCAAGGUGAGGGUGGAGGCACCAUCAGGAGAACUUCUCGAGGUCAGAGCCUUGCUGGACACCGGUUCGGACACGUCGCUUGUAUCUGCUUGGGUAGCUCAAGCACUCCGUUUGCCACGGCGGGCGGUCAGCGUCGCCAUCUCAGGAGUUCAAGAGAAUGAAAGCGGAGUGGCGAAAAGUGAGGUUUCUCUUUCCUCACGCUCUCGUCUGGACCCCAGCUUUCAUUUGUCGGUUCGAGCGUUGGUGCUGCGGAAACUUACUGCGUUACUUCCCGCUCGAGCAGUGCACUCACAAUCCUGGCCGUAUCUUCAAGGAGUGACUCUUGCGGAUCCGGAAUACGGAGUACCCUCUCGUGUUGACUUAAUCCUGGGAGCUGAUAUUUGUGGAGUUUUGUUACAGGACGAGUCGCGGGUCAGGCCGGUUGGCACACCGACGGCGAGGCGCACUCCAUUCGGGUGGGUGUUGAUGGGCCCAGUCUCCGACACCAAAGGUCAAGGCAGCAAGGCAGUCGUCCACAGCCUUCACUGCCAAAAGGACGACUCAACCAAUAGGCUGCUUCGACGCUUUCUUCGAAGCUUCGAAGAGCUACACGAGCAGCCUCCGUUAUCACCAGAGGAACGGGAAUGUGAGCGGCACUUUCGAGAGACACAUUCUCGGGACGAAACCGGCCGCUAUUCGGUACACCUACCUUUCAAAUUGGAUCCAAGCCUUGCCCUGAAGCCCUGCAGAUCAACGGCGCUAAAGUUGCUGCUCAGCUGUGAGCGCAAGUUGGCAUCCAACGAAGCCUGGCGAGACAAGUACUCGCAGUUUAUGGAGGAAUAUGCAGCCUUGGAUCACAUGGAGGCGGUAACGGGGUCUGCGGUCCAGGAUCCAGCUUAUUAUCUACCGCACCAUGCCGUGGUGAAGCGAUACGACUCUAGCGGCAAAAUCAGGGUCGUCUUCAACGCCUCCUUUCGCACCGCCACUGGAUCCUCUCUCAACGACUGUUUGAUGCCUGGACCGAAACUACAGUCAGACCUCUGGAUGAUUCUAACACGAUGGCGCUUAUUUCGAGUAGUAUUUACCUCGGAUAUUGUUAAAAUGUUCCGACAGAUUCGAGUACACCACACGGAUGCGGACUGGACCAGGAUACUUUGGCGCUCCAGACCCGAUCAACCUGUACAGGACUUCAGGCUCAAGACCGUCACCUAUGGCACAGCCUGCGCACCCUUCCUAGCGCUGAGGGUGUUGGUCCAACUUGCUGAAGAUGAGGAGGAGCGUUUCCCGCUGGGAGCGGUCGCAAUUCGUCGGCAUUCGUAUGUGGAUGACAUUCUUGCCGGAGCCGACGACGAGAAAGCAGCCCUGGAAUUGAGACGACAGGUUAUCUCCAUCCUGCAUUCGGGAGGAUUCGAUCUGAGCAAAUGGGCUUCGAAUAAACCAAGCUUGCAGGAAGCGGACGAAUUUCAAACGUGCGUGUUCCAGGACUACCCGGGAGUCAGUACCUUGGGGGUCGUCUGGAGGCCAAACACGGACACCUUCUCUUUGCGUGUUCUUCCGCCUCUCAAUGAGACCACGCGAUACACUAAAAGGCGUAUCCUCUCGGAAGUAGCCAGCCUCUUCGACCCUUUGGGAUGGGCGGCCCCUGUUUUAAUUUUUGCAAAGAUUCUUAUGCAGGAUCUUUGGACAAUUGGCGCAGAAUGGGAUGAGGACUUACUUGAGCAACUACUUUCCGCAUGGGAAACCUUCCGAAGUGCGCUGAGCCAACGCGACGCUUUGGCAAUUCCUCGCUGGACGAAUUACUCAGCGAACAUUGCGCAACUGGAGCUGCACGGGUUCUGCGAUGCCUCCCAGCGAGCCUAUGCAGCCGUCGUCUACCUGCGAGUGUCCAGGGGAGAAUCCAGCGUAGCCACACUACUUGUGGCAAAAACCAAGGUGGCACCGGUCAAGGCACUUAGCAUACCACGACUGGAAUUGUGCGGCGCGGUGCUACUUUCCAAACUAAUAGCGGAAGUAAAAAAGGGAUUGACCUUACCAGCAACCAUCACGGCUUGGACGGACUCCAGCGUUACCCUCCACUGGAUAAGAGGGCAUGUCUCAACCUGGAAGCCGUUUGUUGUCCACAGGGUAGCCACCGUGCAGUCCAAUGUUCCGCCUCAAAAUUGGAGACACGUGGCAACCAAACACAACCCUGCGGAUUUGGCUACAAGAGGGAUAACGCCGUCGGAGCUCCUGUCGUCGCAUCUAUGGUGGAGUGGACCCUCCUGGCUCGUCGACCCCCCAGAUCUGUGGCCUGCAACACCUCUGGGAAAGGUCGAAGAGGCGGACUUGGAGAGGGGCCGAGCACAAAUCUACCUGGCAAAGGAAAAAACGAGGAGAACGACCUCUUAUCAAGGUUUUCAAGCUUAA